AUGUCACUCUAUUCUAAGUUUUUGAAAGAUCUGCUGACCAGAAAGAUCAAAUAUAUCCACAGUGAUAACAUUGUAGUGGAAGGGAACUGCAGUGCGGUGAUACAAAGAAUCCUUCCACCUAAGCAUAAGGAUCUUGGGAGUGUUACUAUUCCCUGCUCUAUUGGUCCGGUGUCAGUUGGUAAAGCUCUCAUUGAUUUGGGGGCCAAUAUAAAUUUGAUGCCUUUCUCCAUUUGUAAAAGAAUUGGAGAGUUGGAGAUUAUGCCAACUAGAAUGACACUACAACUGGCAGGCAAAUCAAUUACAAGACCAUAUGGAGUGAUUGAAGAUGUUCUAGUCAAAGUGCAGCAUUUUACUUUCCCUAUAGACUUCGUUGUUAUGGACAUUGAAGAGGAUUCUGAAAUCCCUCUGAUUUUGGGUCGUCCCUUCAUGUUAACCGCCAGUUGUGUGGUGGAUAUGGGAAAAGGUAAACUGGAAAUGGGCAUGGAUGAUCAGAAGAUCAAGUUUGAUCUAUUUGAUGCAGAAAAGCACUUACUUGAUUGGAAUGUUUGUUUAAAGGUUGAGGAACUUAAGAAUGAGAUGGUUCUGAUGGCCAGAGCCAAGCUUGCUCUAGACCCAUGA